GUCUAGUACUAUUUUCCCGAUUAGGUAAUUUACACCAUCAUUUUUGGCGCCACUCGUGGGACUGUUAAGAUUUCUUUUCAUCUAAACUCAAACCUACUCACAAAAACACCACUGAAAAUGUCUUCAAGCUAAAUGAACAACACCGCAUCAGCUCUGGUGCAAGUCGCCUCUGAAGGAGUGACCAUCUCGCUAGUUGUUACUCAACGAGCUAACUCAGCACAUGUGAUGUCGAUGGGUUUAAGUCCCAUCCCGACGCCAAGCAUGGCUGCGCCAUUCGCAGUCCCCGUUCCUUUUGCCGGGCUAAGGGUCACCUUCCCGCAAAGCAUGACCCAGUUCCUGAAUGACCCGGCCAAUUUGCAGGCGAUUCAAGGAUUUGGCCAGAACGAUGCUACUGCAAGCCCCAAUGGCGUUGUCUCCCUUCUAGACAGCAGUUCCACAGCCAUCACCUUUCUAACCACAGAUGGUCAGCGUUGUGGCCCCUAUCAACUUGACCGGUGCACUCAACGUCGCUGGUCUAUCAUGCCCUCCUCAGAGUGCUCGCCAUCCCAGAGCACUCCUCAGGAUCAUUGCGUCUCCGUUGAGAGUGAUGACGGUGAGUGGGACAUUCCCAGAGCCCACAGGAAGAAGAAGGGAAAGACCCUUAGACCAGCAACCUCCUGUGACUCCGCUUUGAAAGGCUGGGGGAAAGGGAUGAUGGUCAAAUCUGACUCUAGUUUGAUCGUAGGGCAAGUGACUGGUAACAUGGAGGCAAGAGAAGGACGAUUGGCACAAUACAAGGACCUAGCGCUGGCCUUGCUGAAAGGAUUUGCGGAAUUCAAGAUAGCCCAGAUUCAUCGGGCUGAGAACGCAGAUGCAGAUCUCCUCUCAAAGUUGACGCAGUCCACCCCAGAGCAUGUUUCAAAAAUUUCCUGGAACUCGGGCUUCCAUGUGUGGUUGCAUUCUUGUAAUGCUCCGAUUCGAGUUGGUACGAUGACUCUUGAGCCCGACGUCUUGCCAAGAGCCAAUCUUGGUUGCAAACCAGUGUUUCAAGAGAUUCAGCGUUAAGACAACUUCGGUAGUCGGUUAGAAUGUUGCCGCCAGCACUGAAUUCUCGUUCAACUGCUACUUGUCUUGCUAGCAUGCUGAGACAUGGGAACAUGUGUUCGUUCCGCUUCCACCAUCCGAGCACGUCAAAAUCGACAUCGUCGUCAUCGUAAUCGGAUGGCACACCCUGGUACAUAGCAAGUUCGUUGUGCGAGCUUACUGUUGUACCACUUGAACUCGUCGAAGACUGGGCACGUUUCCCUUUCUUUGCAAGAAGGCCACCGACUAUGCCGGCAAAACCUUUUUUUGAUUUCAGGGCGGAGGUGGUGCUGUUUCUUCUUGUACAGUACCGUAUAACCCUUGAUAUUCCUUAAACAAAUCCUCAAAAAGAGUUAUAGCAUUAUCUCUUUCAUUUUUCCAUUCUACUAAAUAGCUGUAGUAAUAACUAUUUUUAUCUAAAAAACAACUGUAGUAAUACUCAAUUAGAAUUUUAAAAUUUUCAAUCUUAAAUCGUGGAUCACAAAUAAUACCUAUUUUAUAAAUAUCAGGAAUGUACAAAUAAUAAGUACACCAUUUA